CGGCAGAUGGGAUUUAGAAAGAGUCUCGUACGUUGCGUAAGAAAUAUAUCAGGCAGAAGACAGUCAGUUUUUUUGUCCUUACGAUUCGUUCCUCCUCCAUCGGCUCUUGAAAAUCCAGUCCUCUAACUUUAAGCCUUCGAUAACACUCUCAUUACACCUGGAACUCUCACGAUGGCUCUCUCACAAGCAGCAGCCGUGGUCGAGAAGAUCAUUGGCCAUGGUGGCGAGGCCACGACAGAACAAAAUUUGACCAAUCCGGCGAAAGAUCCCUCCAAAUAUGCCGAUCCUUCUGGCGAGAAGAUGAAGGCUCUUGUAUGGAAUGGCAAAAACGAUGUCAAAGUCGUCGAGACCUUCAAACCCGCCAAGAUUGAAGACACCGAUGUCAUUGUCAAAGUCACCGGAUCGACUGUUUGCGGAUCAGAUCUGCAUCUGUUGCAUGGAACAGUCGUCGAGCUGCAAAAGGGGGAUAUUCUAGGACAUGAAUUCUGUGGCGUGGUAGACAGUGUUGGCCCCAACAUCAAGAACGUCAAGCCCGGCGAUCGUGUGGUCUGCAGUUUCCAAAUCGCCUGUGGAAGCUGUAUGUAUUGCCAGAAGAAGUUGAGCAGUCAGUGUGAAAAGACAAAUGACAACACGAUUGAAAACAUCAUGUACGGUGGUCGCACCGCGGGCAUGCUUGGGUAUUCCCAUUUCACAGGAGGUUAUGCAGGUGGGCAAGCAGAGUACGUCCGGGUUGCCUAUGGCGAUGUGAACCUCCUGAAACUCCCCGACAACGUGCCUGACGAGAAGGGGCUAUACCUGUCCGACGUGCUCAGCACGUCGUGGAAUUGCGUCGUCGACACUGGUGUCAAGGAUGGAGAUGUCGUCGCCAUUUGGGGUGCGGGUCCAAUUGGCCAAAUGUGCGCCGAGAUGUCCUUUGUCAACGGCGCAAAACGAGUCAUCAUCAUCGAUGGCGGGGAAGCGGCCUGGCGUCUAGAUUAUGUUAAGUCCAAGCUGCCCAAGGUGGAAACCAUCGACUUCACCAAACUACCCAAGGGUGAAACGAUUGUGUCUAUGCUGAAAAAGAUGGAACACGGCGGCCCUGAUGUCGCGCUGGAGUGUGUCGCGGGUGAAUAUCCGAAGGGCUGGGCCCAUUACUUUGAACUGGCCCUCGGGAUGGAAACCGACACGUCUGAGAUUGUGAACGAGAUGAUUGCCAGCGUCAAAAACUUUGGCCGCUGUGGCAUCACGGGUGUGUACGUCGGAUAUACGAACCACUUCAACAUCGGAUCCCUGAUGGAGCGAGGCAUCCGCCUGAUCGGAAAUGGUCAAGCGCCGGUACACUUGUACUGGGAAGACCUACUGAAGAAGAUCCAAGAUGGCACAAUUCAACCACUAAACAUGGUCAGCCACCGUGUCGACCUUGCCGAGUUGGAGGAAGUGUACAAGCGCUACGAUGCGCGUGAAAAGGGCAUGCAGAAGGUAUUUGUUCAAACCAAGUUCAGCUUCCCUCCGGCAGCUGGAGCACCACAACUCACGAAAUUCGGGACCGGAUGAAAUGAUUCUGGAUCUAGCAAUUGUUACUGUGGCGUUUGAGGUUGUUCCAGUGGAAAUGGCGGCAACACAUGUAUUCGAUAUAUCGCUACAAUGCACAAUUGGACAUCACGAUCUUGUCUUGC